AUGCCACCACACUUGAAGGCCUCUGAGAUAGAUCUUAUUCGCGACGUGCUCUUGGCAGCCUACUUCGUCGUCUUCAUCCACCUAAACGCCGCGCGCAUACGAUCUCUCGUUGCAGCCAUGGCGGACACUGCCAUGCCCGAGACGCCGACCAGGAAACUGUUCAAGGCGUCCUCCAAGACCAAGACGCCGCCCGUGAGGAAGCGGACGUCGUCGGUCGCCAGCACGGCGCACAGCGAGUACUCGCUGCCGGACAAGCCCAGCCCUUCGUUCACCGAGAAGCUGCGGGGCGCAACCCCCAAGUUUGUGCGCAAAGCUUCGUCGCAAGUCGCGUCGCCGGCGCCGUCGUCCAAACCUGCCUAUGAUGACAUUGCCAAAUCCACGCCCUUGGCCCCGCUGACCAGCAAGCUGGACGCGGCCGAGGGCAGAAUCCCCGAAUAUGCCGCCUCGGACACCACGGGCGACAACCCUAUCGGGUUAAUUGACAAUGAGGUCCUCACGCCCACCGACACCGUCAGCCGAAGCACGGACGCCGACGGGCCUGGAGCACUGUCCAGGGAGUCGUCCGACACCAUGACAGGUGCGGGAGGGGGGCCACCCGGUCAGGGUUCCACCUCCAAGGGUACCUCAAAUGAGCAUUCUGAAACGACAGGGUCGGACGAUAUGCCCCGGAAGAAGGCCCACAAAGGCAAAGGCCAGAGCAAAGGCCAGAAGCCGUCCAGCGCAGCGGCGAAGCCCACAGAUGCCGACGCGGACGCGCCCGACGACGACAACGACGACGCGCCGACCGACUACGUGAAGUACUUUUUGGACCAGGGCAACCCUGAGAUGAGCGAGUUUGUCAAGGCUCUCAUAUCAGCAGAAGACCCCGGUUCCUCAGGUGCCAGCGCACUCCAAUCGGCGAAAGACGCAAGCAAAGGCGCAGCGAGCAAGGCACGCGACACUGGCAAAGGCGCGCUCGGUACCAUCACAGGACUCGGAAAGGACACCGGGAAAGCCCAGGACACGGCCAAAGGCGCCGCUGACAAGGCCCGCGACACCGGCAAGAGCGCAGCCGACAAGGCGCAAGACACCGGAAAGGACGCACUAAGCAAAGCCCCGGACACCGGGAAAGCUCAGGAGGCCGGCAAAGGUGCGACCAAGAAAGCACAAGACGUGGGCAAGGACGCAACCAAGAAGACCGAAGGUGCCCACAAGGACGCAUCCAAGAAGGCCGAAGGUGCCAGCAAGGACGCAUCCAAGAAGGCUGAAGGUGCCAGCAAGGACAUAGCCAACAAGUCGGAAGAUACUGGAAAGGGUGCAACUAAGAAGGCCCAAGAUACCGGCAAGGACGGAUCUAAGAAGGCCGAAGACAUCAGCAAGGACGCGUCUAGCAAGGCCCAAGACACUGGAAAAGAUACAGCUGGCAAAGCUCGCGACACCAGUAAAUCUGUUUCCAGUAAGAGCCAGAAUACUGGGAAAGACUCCGCCGGCAAAGCUGAAGAUACGGGCAAGGAUAUAGCCAGCACUGCCAAGGACACUGGCAAAGACGUAGUCGACAAAUCCCAAGAUACUGGGAGGAAGACACCCAGCAAAUCUCGCGCCACUCCCAACGGCACCCCCAAGAAGUCUAAAGACAGUGGAAAGUCCUCGGCCAACAAGGCUCCAGAAUCCGGCAGAACUACACCCAGCAAGACUGAAGACCCUGUCAAAGACAUUGCUAGCAAGUCAAAGGACGCUGGCAAGGAGUCAACCAACAAGGCCAAGGACACUGGCAAAGAAUCAACCAGCAAGGCCAAGAGCACAGGCAAAGACACAGCCAGCAAAGCCAAGGACAGCCUACCAGACUCGUCUAGCGAAGCGCAGGACACUGCCGACGAGUCAGCUAGCAAAGCCAAGAACAGUGGCAAGGAGUUGACCAGCAAGACCAAAAACACUGGGAAAGGCGCAUCGAGCAAGGCCAAAGAUUCCGGCAAAGAUCUAGCUGACAAGGCUAAGGAUACAGGCAAAGUCUCUGACGACCAAGCUCAGGACGUACCGAAGACACCUACCAAGGACACAGGCAAAGAGGCAGCCGGAACUCCUCAGGGCGCUGGCAAAGACGCAGUUCAGAAGACCAAAGACACUGGCAAAGACACGGGGGGCAAGGCCAAGGACACUGCUAAAAAGUCAACCAAGAAAGUCAGUGACAGUGUCAGUGGGUUCGAAGACGUAUCAGCAGAUCCGACUAAAGAGUUGCCAAUUGACGACGAACUGGUCAAAGAGCCAACAGACAAGGUCAAGGACGCUUCAAAUUCGAAGAAGAACGUAGGCAAGUCCGCAGCGAAGCAAACCAGUGAAUCAAGCAAGGACGCAGUCAACAAGGCUCAAAAUACGAGCCAAGACAUUCCGAACAAGGCCGCUGACACUGGAAAAGAUCUUCCAAAGAAGGCCAAGAGUAGUGGAAAGAAAGCUGCCCAGACACCACGCGACACCGUCAGUGGUUUUCCAAGCGUAUCAGUAGACCCUACCGAGGAGCUACCCACAGACGACGGUCUCGUAAUGCAGCCAGCAGACGAGGUUGAAGGCCCCACGGGAGGCGACGCGCCGAAGCUUUCUGACGUCCAGAAGAAAGGUAGCGAUCUUGCGAACGACGCGAAAAGUAAAGCUGGCCAAGCUUCACAACAGCCCAAGGGAGAAUCCAAGGAUAUCUCGGGUGGUGAAAAGGUCGGAGUGCCAGAUACGUCAGCAAUUAAUUCGGGCAAGGACGUUGCCGGUGAUGGUACUGGAAAGGCUGUCGACGUGAAGGACAGCGUCUCAAACGCAGCAAAGGACUCCUCGAAGAAGGCGACAGAUGCGAAGAGCACUGGUGAUGGAGCAGUUGGACAACAAGGCCAGCUGCCCGACGCAGCCCAAAAUGGUGACGAGAUUAGCAAGGCGACCCAGAAGCCCGGUGCACUCAAAGACUCUGGCAAAUCCGCCGCCAAACCCCCAUCCGCGAAUGGCUCUGCCAAGGGCGGCGAGGGUUUAACGAAUGGCUCUGCGAAGGCUGCAAUGGCCGGUGCUACAGACGAUCUUGCGGCCAAGGCGCCGCAGAAGCCAGAUGUACCCUCUGAUAUCGCAAGUCAGGCACAUGGCGCACCGGGAGGAAUCCAGGCCCAGGCCGACAACAUGGGCAAGCCAACUCAUGUCAACAGGCGGUAUGAGAUCCCUCUUCCCAGGCCCGAGAGACAGCAAUCGAAAUCAGACAUGAAGAUGCCCGAGGUCGACCGUCUUGCCAGUACGGACAACCUCAACAACGUCAAUGACUUGGACGAUCCUCCCGAGGAGAUGUUAGAUCCUGAUGUACACUCGCCAGAGUUCCGAUCCGCCAACAUCUCCCCAAUUCCCAAAGUCUCCAAGAUUUCACCCAUCGGUAGCCAGCCUCCCCCUGACCUUGCACGCCUUGCACAUGGACUGGAAGGCAACACGGUCGAUGAUGUUGGAAACAUUGUCGACAAGUCUGGCAAGGUUCUGGGCCACGCAACUGGAGAUCUGCCGUCGAUGAUUGGCAAGAAGGUGGCCGAGAACGGUGAAGUCUAUGGGGACGGGGGUGAACUCAUUGGAUUCGUGACAGAGAACUUCACAGGGCCUCCACCGCCAAAGGAGACACCAUUGCCAGGAGGUCUCAAGGUUGAUACCGAAGGCAAUAUUCUUGACGGCGCUGGCAACAUCAUUGGAAAGCUGAACCAGAAACCGGGGCAGAGCACCGCGCUUGCACCAUACCUUCAGCAUGCCGAAGAAGCUCCCCAGCCAGAGGAGAAGCAGCAGAAGGAGAAUGAGCAGUCGAAAGAGAAGGAAAACAACGGCAUCCCCGCUGACAUUUUCUUGGAUGUCAAGUCUACACCGGAUGGUAUCCAGUUGACGAUUCGGAUCCCAACAGUCUUCAAGCAGGAGACACGUCAGACUACUUCAUGA